CUGGGGAAUAGAGGUAACAGUGGAGACGGCAGCAGCGUCGCCCCGUCGGGAAACAGACACACGGCAAUCAUCAUCUCCAUGAAGGAGGGGGGAGGAAGGAUCGCAGCUCGCCUGGGAGUGUCCGACCCCGGCGAUAAGAACAAAGGGGGGGAAAAAAAAUGACUGAGCGGAUUUUCGAUUUCUAAAUGGAAAACACAAGGAGGUUAAUGUAACACAGGGUCUGCUGAAAGGAGGGACUCCCGGCUGCAGCCUGCCCCUCAGCCAUGCCGCUCGUAUUCCGCACGCUGUUGUUCGGCUUUGUAACGCUGCUGGUUGUGGUUUUGAUAAUUGAUGAUAUUGCAGAAGUGGAGGAAGAAACUGCGAACACUGGACAUUCAAAGAAGAUGAACUUGCAGAAGCUCCUGCCUAAACCACACAGAAAGGCGGCGGCACACGUGGAUCCAACUGCUUUGACAAGACUGAGCAUAGAUGUGAACCACCAUCGGCCGAGCUACAAUCACACUGCCAAGCUCUCGUCAAACAACUGGACCUUCAACAAGACCCUCUCCAACCUCAUCAGGAAGAGUAUUCUGAGAUUCUUCGACCCGGAGAGAGACAUCUCGAUCCUCAAGGGCACUCUGAAACCAGGAGAUAUCAUCCAUUAUGUUUUUGAUCGCCACAGCACCACGAACAUCUCAGAAAAUCUCUACCGUCUUCUGCCAACUGUAUCCCCCAUGAAAAACCAACAUCACAGGCGCUGUGCCAUUGUGGGAAACUCUGGGAUCCUGCUGAACAGCAGCUGUGGCCCAGAGAUUGAUUCGCACGACUUUGUUAUCAGGUGUAACCUGGCGCCAGUGGAGGAGUACUCUCGGGAUGUGGGGCGGCGUACCAACUUGGUGACCAUGAACCCCUCGGUGGUGCAGCGGGCCUUCAUGGACCUGGUCAGUGAAGAGUGGAGGGAUCGAUUCCUGCAGCGGCUUCAAAGCCUCAGCGGCAGCGUGCUCUGGAUCCCGGCCUUCAUGGCCAAGGGGGGAGAGGAGCGUGUGGAGUGGGCCCUCCGUCUCAUCCUGCUGCACACUGUGGACGUGCGCACCGCCUUCCCCUCGCUGCGCCUUCUCCACGCUGUCAGAGGGUAUUGGCUCACCAACAAUGUCCACAUCAAGCGUCCAACCACUGGCCUCCUCAUGUACACGAUGGCCACUCGCUUCUGCGAGGAGAUCCAUCUUUAUGGCUUCUGGCCCUUUGCACUCGACCCACAGGGCAAACCAGUUAAAUACCACUACUACGACACUCUGAAAUACGAGUACACGUCCAGCUCCAGUCCUCACACCAUGCCUCUGGAAUUCAGGACCCUGAGCACAUUGCACAGACAGGGGGCGCUCCGGCUCCACACUGGGACCUGUGAUGCGGAGAGGAGACCACAGAGGGAGCUCCAGAGCAAAUAGCUGGAUGGAAGAUCACCAUGGGAACUACUCUCUUGACUGAGAAGACUUUAUACAAACAGUUUACUUGUUACUGUACUUUUAUGAAACUUGAAUUAACUUAUUUUCAGUAAUUGGAAUGAACUUUAUUU